AUGUUCGGCGACGAGCUGUUCCACUGCCGUUCCGAGCAGUGCAUCCCGAAAGACCUGGUUUGCGAUCUCUACAACGAUUGCUUGGAUGGAGACGACGAGGACGCCUGCUUGCAUUGCCCGCACGCACGCUGUCAGGAUGGUCGGUGCCUGCCCAUGCACUGGUUCGGCGACGGUGAGGUCGACUGUGAUUCGUGCUCAGACUAUAAUAUUUCAGUGGAAAUGACGUACGCCGAGGAUCCACGCAUCAGCGAGUGCGUGUUUACCUGUAACCGAACCCAGUGCGUGUACGCGUCUAUGUUAAACGACGGGGUUGUUGAUUGCUUGGGCCCCGAAGGACCGAUAGAUGAAACCAUUGGAGCGUUAGAAAACACCACAUGUUAUCAACCCGGUUCGGUGGGUAUAGAUUACUCGAAUUGGGCCCCCAAAUGCGUUUAUAUCAAGGACAGGUACGGAGAAACUUUAGGUUGCAGAAACAUGAAACAUUUGGAAAACUGCGAAGGAUUCGAUUGCCCGGCGGGUUUUCUGAAAUGCCCCAGGUCCUACUGCAUUCCAACAUACUACGUCCACAACUUUAUUGCCGAUUGCCCCAAUGGAGAAGAUGAGAGCGCUUACGCGAAAAUUGACUGCUCCGGAUAUUUCAUCUGUGAGAUGGACACUUUACCCAAUGUUUGCCUUCAUCCCAACUUUGUCUGUGAUGGACACAAGCACUGUCCGGGGGGUGACGAUGAGGUGAACUGCAACUUGACCUGCAGCCCUGGAUUCAUCUGCCUGGGAGGGGUGGUCAUCGUCACUCCAUCGGCCACAGAGCUGGACAUCAACCUGUUGGGCCCGGAGACACGGUAUUUUGAUACAUCAGGGGUUGACGCGUCUAAUGUCUUCACCGACUUCCCAUUUCAUUUAUUCCAGAACGUCAUCACAGCAAAGUUUUCUGGCUGUAACAUAAGCAAUGUUACAGCCCAUUUCAAUAUAUCCUCCGUUUUAAACAGCCUCCGAUCCCUUGAUCUGAGCGGUAAUAUGAUAGAAGAGGUGGCGUCAGCAAAUAUCUUUAAACGUAUGCCCGGGUUGGAGACGUUGAGCCUGAGUAGAAACUUCAACCUGGUUAAACUCUCCAAGGACGCCUUUUCGAUAUUUCCAUUUUACAAAUCAACCAUCGAACAUUUGGAUUUAUCAUUCACGGGCAUUCGAGAAAUCCAUUCGCAAUUUUUCUGGCCGCUGUUGUGCCUGAAAACGCUGAACGUAAGUAACACUCCACUGGUCAUGACACAAUUUGGUCUCCUCACCCGCAUGAUCAAACUGGACGUUUUAGACCUCAGGAGCAUCAGUGACGUCACCGCCCGCCCGGACAUGUUUAAGAGCGUUAUAGUGAAACAGCAGCUUUUCGUAGACAGCUUCAAGCUCUGCUGUCCGCAGCUUCACAAUGAAAAAACUUUGAUCGAGUUGUGUCAUUUCGUCAAAGAUCCCUUCUCUUCGUGCUCCGAUCUCAUGAGCUCGUCGGUUCUCAGGGUGUUCCUCUGGGUCAAUGGGUUCUUGGCGCUGCUUGGGAACGCAGCCGUUAUCGCGUACCGGUUCAUCUUCGAUAAGAGAACCCUGCGCAUGGGCUACGGUCAGUUCGUGACCCACCUCGGCUUCUCCGAUAUGCUGAUGGGCGUGUACCUGAUCAUGAUCGCGGUUGCGGACACCAGCUACAGAGGGAGCUACCUGUUUGAGGAGUUCGCGUGGCGCAACAGCACGGCCUGCAAAGUGGCGGGGCUCAUAUCAACGUUAUCGUGCGAGAUAUCCACCUUCUUCAUUUUUCUGAUCACCCUGGACAGGUUUCUUGUCAUAAGGUUUCCUUUUGGGAAAUUCAGGCUUCACGGCCGGGGGGUGGUACUUCUCUGCAUCUUGACCUGGGCAACCGGCACGUUCAUGGCCGCUAUUCCCGGCAUGCAGUUUUUCGGGGACUGGUCCGUGUACACAUCGACGGGUGUGUGUGUCGGGCUUCCCUUGCUCCCCCGCAGUGACGUCGGCUGGCUGUUCGCCCAGAGCUUGUUCAUCUACGUGAACUUUUUCCUUUUUACCCUGAUCGCCAUUGGGCAGAUCGUCAUCUACAGGACCAUGGUGGUGAUGAGCAUCGCCAACAGUGCUCUCACCAACGCCAGCAGCAGGCGGGCCCAGGACCUGACCGUCGCCAAGCACCUCUCCCUGGUGGUUGUGACCAACUUCCUGUGCUGGUUUCCGAUUGGUGUUCAAGGGUUGAUGACUCUUGGCGGCUACUACCUGGGCCUGGACGCCUACGCCUGGACGGUCGUAUUCGUCUUGCCCAUCAACUCGGCCAUUAACCCAAUCCUCUACACGGCGCCUGCUGUCUUCAGCAAGUCGUGCGAGAUAAAGGAGUCCGCUUCCCGAUACCUGACCCACUCGAAGCCCUCUUAA